UAUUCUCUUCUACCUGGCGUCAAUAAGAACAGGCAGGUUUUCAAAUGAGGGUGUCAUGAAAUCUGUUCAGACUUGUUCAGACUUGAAUUGAGAAGUGCAAUAGUGCGGGGGCAAUGAACUGUGAAAAGUUUCAACAGGGGAAGAAAUGCAGCGAGCGAGCGGGCGUUCAAAAAGAGAGACGAAACAGGGAGGGCAUUGACCUGGCGAUCCUCAGGAUUGGCGCCAGACUGUCUGCGGCGACUGGCGACGCUCAGUCUGGCACUUUCUUUCGCCUGUGACGCGUGCUUUUUGCAUUUCCAGUAGUGAAAAUGGAUCAACCACAGCCUGAACAACUGUUUGACGACACCAAUAGCAUUGGCAUCAGCAAUUUGAUUCCCUUGGAUGGCGAGUUUUUUGCCAAGCUCUUCAGUCAGCCCAUUUACGUGCAAUCGUCUGAACCAGGAGUCCAGCAGCCACCCGAAGAACAGAGUUUUGCUAAUGAUACUGGAAUUCAGAUCUUGGGUGAGCCCAUCAGCCUGCAGGAUCUAACGCUGGAGCCUAAAAAAAGCAGCUCAAAGGGAACAAGACGCAAAAGGGUGGUUGUGAACAAAAAGAGAACUGCUAAAAAGGCAAAGAGGAAAAGCUCAAGCAGCGCCUCAAUGACUGAAGACUCUCACAAUUCUAGCCAAGAGUCUUCUCCUCCUCAGAUUGCAACAUCCAGCAAAAUAGAGCCUGGACAGACUGCCUCCCUUGCCUGCCCAACUGAAAGUGCCAAGAAUACAACUGUGUGUCGUUUCCAGUGCAAAGUGUGUGGCCAGGCGCGUUUUCUGGUGCUGCGCGGUUGCCUACCGCUGAGGCAGUGCGAGUGCGGCUCGUCGGCCGUGUUUGUGCCUUGCUGGGUGCGCACUGGAUCUUCCUCCAGCGGCGGCGGUCUUGGCCGCGAGUGCACCCAUUGCCCUCGUUGCUGCCGCUUCUACUCAAGUGACUCGCAACUUCGCAGGCACAAGUGCUCCAAGCAGACUGCUGGACCGACAGUGCCAGUUGGACCAACAGGGGUGUUUGAGAUGCCCUGUUGCCCUCACUGCAACGAGUGUUUCAUCUUUGACAGUCAGCUUGCCACCCACCUGAGGAGAGAGCACCGCCCUGAGAAGAAUUAAGGCAAAACCAAAGGCCACCCAGAAAAACAACAAUUUUGCUUUUUUUAGAACAAUUACAAUACAUAAAAGCGGUCUACAGUUUCAAAUAAUGGAAGUGGUAGUUUGUUCUCUCCGUUCCUCUCCAAAUGUUAUUGC